UCUCGAAAACCAUGGGCAGUAUUCUUAAAUACCAUCAUCUCUCUCUACAAAGUACAGCAACUUCUAUACAUCAACCUCUCCCUAACCGUACACAUGUCUAAAACCCCUACGCUCAACCACAAAUAACAACCUUCACACGAUAAUAUCAUGAUACAUACUGUACACGAACAUAUGUCCCAAAACCAUGUUUCUCAAUACUGGUUGCUGCUCCAUCCCCAAUUGCUUACUCUAAAUACCACAUUUUUAUUAACUUUCAGUCUCUCAAAUCAAGCAAUUCUCAUUCACACUACACAACAGUAGCUAAAAGGAAGAAGACUCAAGGAUUGAAUUCAAUCCAAUCCCACUAAGAUCUGCACAAAAAGGAGACAUUUCUUUCAGGAAUGGGUUCAGGAAUGUUAGGUUUAGAAAUGCCUAUACAUCAUCCACACCAUCCUCAUCAUCAGCAUCCCCAUCCUCAUCAACAGCAGCAACAACAACAACAGCAGCAGCAACAUCCGUUUGCAAACCAUCUUCAACAACAACCACAUCACUUAGUGUCAUUUGGUGUUGGAGGCCAUGAAGCUGAUCCACAUAAUCAAUCUCAACAAGCUGUAAAGCAAAAUGCGUAUGGGUUUGGUAACAAACCGAAACCACCACAGCAAGUAGCUAUUAGUGAUGAAGAUGAGCCUGGGUUUGCAGGGGAGGAUGGUGGUGGGGCAGAUGGUAGGAAGAGAGUGUCGCCGUGGCAGAGAGUGAAAUGGACAGAUAAUAUGGUUAGGUUGUUAAUUAUGGUGGUUUAUUAUGUUGGCGAUGAUGCUGGUCCUGAAGGAAAUGACUUAACUGGUGGUGGUGGUAAUUGUAAGAAGAAAUCAGGUGGGCUAUUACAGAAGAAAGGAAAAUGGAAGUCGGUCUCGAGAGCUAUGAUGGAGAAAGGUUUUUAUGUUUCUCCACAACAAUGUGAAGAUAAGUUUAAUGAUUUGAAUAAGAGGUAUAAGAGAGUUAAUGAUAUAAUUGGGAAGGGGACUGCUUGCAGAGUGGUUGAGAAUCCGGCUUUACUUGAAACUCUGGAUCAUAUACCACCAAAAUUGAAAGAGGAGGUGAAGAAAUUGUUGAAUUCAAAACAUCUUUUCUUUAGAGAGAUGUGCGCUUAUCAUAAUAGUGGGGGUGGAGGAGGUGGUGGGAUUGCGUCGGGUGGUGGGCAUCAGAUUCCAGAUGUGGCUGUUGAGUCUUCUCAGCAUCAUCAACAAGAUAGAUGCUUUCAUUCAUCUCAGGGUGCUGCGGCUAAUGGUAAUUCAAGAGCUAGAGCUGAUUUGGAAGGUUCGAAAAUGGUGAAUAAAAGAGGAGUUAGUCAUGAGGAAGAAGAAGACGAGGAUGUGGAAGACGAAGAGGAUGGUGAUGAAGAUGAAGAAGAGGAGGAGGAGGAGGAUGAAGAAACUGAAGAUGGUGGGAAGAGUCAUAGAAUGCAAGGAGCUGGCCAUGACGACGAAGAUGACGAUGAAAAGAUGGUGCGGAAGAAGAGACAAAGGAGGGGCACCUUUCCUUCAGUAUCACCAUCAAUACAGCAACUGAGCUGUGAACUGAUGAAUGUUCUUCAAGAUGGCUCGAAGAACCCAUGGGAACAGAGGCAAUGGAUGAGAACCCGGACAGUUCAGUUGGAGGAACAAAGAGUGAGCUACCAAUGCCAAGCAUUUGAGCUCGAAAAGCAGCGCUUAAAAUGGUUGAAAUUUAGUGGGAAAAAGGAAAGGGAAUUGGAGAGGAUGAAACUCAACAACGAGAGGCUGCGGCUUGAAAAUGAUAGGAUGGUUCUUCUUCUUCGUCAAAAAGAGCUAGAAUUGGUUGAUCUCCAUCAACAACAACACUCAUCUAGCAAACCAACUUCCAUGAACUGAUGAACUAACUAAAUUUCAAGGGAGAAGAUUGUAAAAAAGGAAAGAUCAGCUGCGAGAGCUGAUUGGUUCUUUGUAUAUUGGAUGGUGAGUUUUUGCUUCACUUUUCACAUUCCAUGAGCCUAUUUGAAAAUCGAGAUUGAGAGGCCCUAUAUAAAUGAAGGCUUGCAACAUUAUGCAUGACCAAAUGAUAUGAUCCAGAAAGCACCUACGCCAGUGGAAGGAUAAAUAGAAAGAUGGAAAGUGCUGCUAAAUCUUUGUUCUGUAUCUGUGCUGUGUUUCUUGACGUAAAUAUAUGAUAGUUCAGUUUUCAAUUAUUUCCUAUGUUCUUUGGCAAUGUUUGCUGUGUUGUUCUUUGUGUAGGUCUAACUGAAACCUUGAGAAUGUAAAUUUAUUUAGUUUAACAAGAAAUGAAGCACGUUCUAACUUCUUACA